AUGGAACAUAGUCGAUUGCUCAAGUUUCUCACGGAACCACGUUACAGGACCAUAAUGGCUGAACCGCCUCCGACCAAAGUACACAGAGACUAUGAAGAACCUCCAAACAUAUCAGCCGAAGUACCAGGCGAGCAGAAGAUCCGAGAGAUUGACUCAAACUUUCAAGAUGCCACAGAUUUGCAGAUACAAGAAAUAGAAAAUGGGCGCCACAGGAUAUCUCACACCGGGGAAGAGGAGGAGGCGAGGACUGUGCAAACAGAUAGUCAAACAUACACACGAACUGUCAGCACUACACAGAGUAUAGUAGUACUACAGGAGGAAUCUAAAAAUGAUGAAAAAAGUCAAGCUGCAAAGAAGUCUAAAAUACCACUGCUGAAAUUCAAACAAACAGUUGAGAAGGUACAGAAGAACGUUAAAGAGCCUCACAAUAAACCCCGAAGAUCAUCGAUUCCUAAACUGAAAGAUAGUAAAGCUAUCAAGAGGAGAUCAUCAUUAAAAGAUGAUGAGUUCGAGAAACUAUAUGAAGAAGUAGUUGAUAACAAAAACAAUGUGGUAGAUGAUAAAAUAUUAGUAGGGAGCAUCGAUGAUCCAGAGAAAGUAGAAACUAAAUUUGAAGAAAUCAUUCACGCCUAUGAUAGUAACGAUGAAAAUUAUUUUAUGCCUACUGAAAAACUAAAACUAUCUAAAAUACCAUGGAGAAAGAAAGACAGUGCAAACAAAACUGGUGCAGUAGAGAAGAAAAAGGCUACAGUAACUGAUGCUAAUUUAAAAGAUGGCGGUUUCAAAGUAUCAGCAACAACUAUCACCACAAAAAGAUUUGCCCGUGGUAACAGUGUGAAUUUAAGUAACUCUCAGAGGUCAGGCACUGAACUUAGUAUUGAACCAAAUCACACUCAUGUUGUACAGAGAGCUAUUAGUCUUAAUGAACCUGUUGGUGCUAAAACGAUCCGAGAAAUAGAAGAUGUCCAAGGUUAUGAAGAAAAAAUGGAAUUUGAAGAAAAUGAAAAUGGUCGUAAGAUAACUAAGACGAUAACAAGAAUUCCUAUGAAACCUGAUCAAAUAAAUCGGAGUAUUAGUAGGGAACUUAACCGACGUCCAGCGAGUUUAGAUGAUAGAGUUUUAGUUAACCGAGAAGUGACAAAACGUGAAGAAAUGAAAAAUGGCAGUAGUAAAACCAUAAGUCGAGACACAGUUAGCAGUGAACCACAAAUUAGAACUGAAAAAAUUACACGUAGCAUUAGCAGAACAUUUAGCAGAGAUGGCAAAAGCAUAAUUCUUUCAUCGAAAAACAGACAAAUUUAUAACGAAGACUCUACAAGACUAACCUCAGAUUACAGUGAAUCUGAUAAAUUUAAUCAAAUCCCUAACCAUGACUUUGAACCAGAUAGAAAUCAAAAUGCUCUGAAAGUCGAAAAAUUUACAGAAGACAGUACCAACUUACCACUACCAGAAAUUACAAAUACUACCUACAGCUACAUCAAAGGUAGCAUAAAAAAUGUCGAAAGAAGUAAAUCUGUGGAAUGGAAGGCAGCUGACGAAGUUCUAACAAAACAAUACACAAGAACUUACAGUGAAAACAAAUUCACUAAGUAUGAUGAUGACAAAAAAUCUGAGAAAAUAAUUGAUGAAAAUAAAUCUAUUUUAGAUGAUAUCAAAUCCACGACAGCAAUGAUUAUAACACAAAGUGAGGAACUGCAAUAUUCAGUAGAAAGUAACGAUGAUGAAAAGCAUAUCCAAACAAAUGACAAUGAUAAUGUCACAUCUGUUUCAAAAGAUCAAGAACACGAAACAAUUUUGAAUAAUUUCAAAAGUACUCAAGAAACUGCGGAUAAAACCGAAGUAAGUAAGAAUUUACCUGCACAGGAAGUAAUGAACAUCAACAAUGAUGUGGCCUUACCAAAUACAAGUAUUGACACACAAAAUAUCCCAAUUUUAAAAGGCAACGUCGACAGACUAAAAACUCAGCUCAGUGUAAAAGACACAGAUUUGACAAAGAAAGAUAUCGUAAGCCAUAACCCAAAAGACGAGCAGCCUAAGAAAAAAUCUGUGUUAUCCAAAAUUGCUAUGUUUGAGAGUAAAGGUGAUGAAUAUACUGUAAAAGUAAAGAGAUGUUUAAUAGAUAAAAAAACAAAAACGGUACCUGCUGCAGACAACAUGGAAAAGAGCAAAAACUCUUUAGACGAAGUAUUUACAACUCAGCCUGAAUUAGACUUUUUAAAUAAUAAUGUGUAUGGACAAAGCGGCAGUAAACUAGAUGCAGAUAAAAUAACGAUCGAUGAUGGUCCAGUUAUUGUAGAUCACAUUAUGAAGUACCAAGAAGAAAACAUUUCCACAAUACAUCAAGUGCAAGAAGUUAAAAUUAUGCCGGAGGCAAUUGAUUUUACAGUACAUGAAAGCAAUUUCGAAGUAAACGAAAGUUUUCCUGGAACUAACAAUACCUUAUCAGCAGGAAACACUGUUAAAUUGAAUGAAUGUUACAAAGAACAAAUAACAAUAUUGCCAGAAAAGCUAGAUUUUAUUCACUCUGAAGAAAAAACAGAAGCACCUUCAAAUUUAACAGAAAGAAUAAGGUUUAACACAUCUGAAACACAACCAGAUACUGCUCUAAGCUUACCUGCAAACCUAAAUGUUUUGCCGAGAGAAAAUGAAGAAAAUAUUUUUAAGAAUUCUUCAGAAAAAAAUAUUACCGAAAAUGUAGAAAACGAGAAAAAAGCACAGAAAUCAAAAGUGGGCAAACUUAAUUUAGAUCUUUGGAAUAAGCAAGUGAGUGCCAAUAAACAACUUAACAAUAAAAGUAAGCAAAAAACAACUGAAGCUAGUCUAAUUAAAGCACAAAAAAUUAUUACAACAAGGGCGGCCUAUGAAAAGGGUGUUAUUGACAAAAGUGAGUCGAUAACUUUACGUAAAGAUGAGGAUAACACAUAUGACAUAAGUAAAAAUGAAACUCUAAUAUCAAUACCAGGAGAAUUAACACUAAAAUCUAAAGAACCGACUGAAAUACCAACUAUUUUACCUUUCAGAAGAGACCUUAUAUCUAACAUAAAAUUAAACGAAACACCUACGCUUUUACAAGAAAGAAUUAAUUUUGCUACAAAUGAUGGAAAACUACAAGUGCCUGUUAUGCUACCGGAAACACCACUAACUAUAUCAACAAAAUUGAAAUUUGAAAGUCAAAAAAGCCAAAUUGAAGUUCCUGCUACUAUCUCAUUUACAACUGAAUUCAGAAGUAAUACUUAUACAGCUGAAACUAGUGAAAUUGUACCAAAUACAAAUAUUUCUGAAGUUCCUAAAACAAUAUCAGGAUAUAACUCAAAUGAAGACUCAAUAGAAACUCCGAGAACUUUACCGAGUGAAAUUGAUAUUGUAUCUAAUGAAACUGGCUUUGAAAGUCCAAAGAUAUUACCCGAACGAAUCGACUUCAAGAUCCCUGGAGAUGAAGAAGAUAUAAAGAGUUUGGUGCCUGGAAAAGACAACUUAAAUCCUUACCUAGAAGUUGAUCAAUUUAAUGAAAAGCCUAAACUUAAACACAACAUUGAUUUAGAUAAAGAAAUACCUAGCGAUCCGGAGCUAGUUGAUAGUGAGCCAGAAAUAAGAGAGACCAAGGAUACUAUCAUGGGAAAAUUACAAAAUAAAGUAUUUUUAAUUACCAAUAGAAACCCUACCAAAAAUAAAGCGGCAUACUACACAGAGAAAUCAUCAAAUCUAACAACUCUGUCUAUCCAAGACAACAUUAAUAAAACUGAUAUCAACAUUAGAAAUAAAAGAGUUGAAAAUAACAUUCACGAGUUAGAUGUCGUGUAUGAUUCAAGAGAAGAUAAAAAAAGAACCAAGUCUUUAGCAGAACUAGAUUUAGGAGAUGCAGUGAAAGGACAGGUACAGAGAAUGGUGUACAGAAUCAAAUCCGUAGAUUUUGACAGAAUCGAAACAUCGAGGGCAAGAAAAAUCAGUUUAAAAGAAAUGCCCAAGAAAAGCUCUGUAUUAGAAAAGAUUGCGCUGUUUGAGAAAAAAGCUACAUCAACGCUUUCAUCAAACCCGAAACCUCCUAUCACCAUAACAACAUCUAAAACAUCCAGCCAACCUUCGAGCAAUAUCCUCACCGAAGAAAUGUACCUCCAGAAAAUAGAUGAUCUGUCCUCGGUCAAAUUGAGAUACAAUAAAACAGACAUGCUGUAUUUAAGUCUGGGUAAUGGAGACCAGAUGCCGGCUAUAGCACUUGGCACUGCUUUGUUGGACCCACGUCUCGCCCCUCAUAUAGUGUCUGCGGCCAUAGACUUAGGCUACAGAGCUAUAGACACGGCUUUUAUUUACGGUACAGAACGAGCUGUGGGAGAGGGUAUCAAGAAGAAAAUAGACGAUGGAACAGUAACACGUGAGGAGCUCUUCAUCAUGAAUAAGCUCUGGAGCACAUACCACAAGCCAGAGUUAGUGGAGACAGCCUGCAGAGCAUCCCUUGAAGCACUGGGCCUCGAUUAUUUUGAUCUGUUUAUGAUUCACAAUCCAAUGUCCUUAAAAGAAGGUGGCGAUCCAAUACCACAAAUAGCACAUGUACUUCAAUUCUCCCAGUAUGAUUAUAUGGACGCAUGGUUUGCAAUGGAAACCCUCGUCAGCAAGGGUCUGGUGAAAGCCAUCGGUGUUAGCAACUUUAACUCACACCAGAUCCAGAAGAUUCUUGACAAGGGGCAUAUUAAACCAGUAGUUAAUCAGGUAGAGUGUCACCCCUAUCUCACACAGCAACCUCUCCAGGCCUUCUGCGCAGAACGCAACAUAACCCUCAGCUGCUUCUCUGUGUUGGGAUCUAAGGGUACACCUACUGAAUACAAGGCUGCAGUCUCCGCAGCUAUAGAUGAUCCCCUAGUCAAAGUUAUGGCUUCAGGGUUAAACGUGACUCCUGCCCAACUUUUAGUGAGAUAUCAGAUCCAGUCUGGUCGGCAGGCCGUUGUCAAGGCCACCGCCUCUGGCCGCCUCUAUGACAUUCUCCAAGCGCUCACCUUUGUUCUCGAACCCCAUCACAUCGAAGCCAUUAACGCUUUGAACAGGAACAAGAGGAUUUUUGACAUGAAGAACCUUGGAGAAUUACACAAAAACUACCCUUUUAACGUGCCAUUUUGA